UGACUUUACCGAAAAAACCUCAGAGUUUGCAUUGAUUUUGUUACCUGGGUUGUGAUCUUAAUAUGGGAUCAGUUAUAGGAGUGACGAUAACAAUCGGCUUGUUAACGCAAGAAGACUUCUCACGUGUUGAUUGCUCGACUUGAUUCGUGGCGACUUGCGCUUGGCUCUGCCGCACUAUUGUGGGAUAUCGACUCUGAGGCCCUGGCUCUGAGUUACCACCACAGAUGGGAUUAUGCCCUAAAUAGUUUUAACAGGGAGAUUUUUAAUUCUUGCUUCUUUCGGUAAAGUCAUCACGUAGAAGGGAAAUAAUAGAAUAAUACAAAUAUAAAACAAUACAAUUCUCACCACGUUUCGACUGCAACACAAGCAAUCGUCAUCAGGUGUGACAUCCACAGCAAGAACAUUUUUAACAAGCGACUUGAAUUGUUGCUGCUGUUCCCGGCCAAAUAUACAGCAGCAGCAGAAGACAUCGUCAGGGUCGGGAUCGAACCCACGACCAGGCGAGGGAGUUGACAUCGUCACCAUCAUAUUCUUGUUUCUUUCGGUAAAGUCACGUAGAAGGGAAAUAAUAAAAGUAUAAAACAAUAAAAUUCUCACGAAAGCUUUAAAUCAAAAUUUGAGUCCAUCUAUGCUCGUAAAAGAAUCACUGUCCGUGGUGCUGACGUUAAGAAAAAAUUGCCACUUUUUUAAAAUGUUCUUGCUGUGGUUUCACAACCUGAUGAUGAUUGCUUGUGUUGCAAUCGAAACGUCGUGAGAAUUGUAUUGUUUGAUAUUUUUAUUAUUUUAUUAUUUCCCUUCUACGUGAUGACUUUACCGAAAGAGCCAAGAAUAUGAAUCCCUGCAGUCACCAAAGCUUUAAAUCGACACCGUCACCACGGGUUUGCUUCUCCUCUGCGCAGCGCCGACGCCGGCCACGAGGGUUGCGAUGGAUCUCCUGCGAGGCAGCACCAGGAGCCGCUGCUGCUGCCAUCUGCUGCUGCUGCUGCUGCUGGGACACUGCACCUUGGCACAGCUGUGGGCAGUCGCCAGCCCCUCGUGGUCGCUGGCGCUGUGGGCCCCAAACUUCGACCCCUCCGAGCACCGGCUGCUGUGCGUCGUGGCGCCGGGGCUGUCCCCCCGGCAGCGCAACAUUUGCCUGCAGCGCCCGAACCACGUGGCGCACGUGGCCGAGGGCGCCCGGCUGGCGCUGGCCGAGUGUCGGCACCAGUUCCGGGCCAAGCGCUGGAACUGCUCCACGCCGGACCCCGCGUCUCCUCAGCAGGGUGGGGGUGGGGGCCCAGGCACGCGCGAGGCGGCCUUCGUCUGGGCCGUGACGGCCGCGGGGCUGGUGCACGCGGUGGCGCGCGCCUGCCGCCACGGGGCGCUGCCGGGCAGCUGCUCCUGGGUGGUGCCCGGCUCCACGCAGCAGCAGCAGCAGCAGCUGCCGCGACACGGAGCCCGGCGGGGCGGCGCCGCCGACGACGUCGAGUACGGAUACCGCUUCGCCAAGUGGUUCGUGGACACGCGGAGACAACCACGGGGAGGGGGGGGAGGGGGGGAGUCUGUGGCGAAGCUCGGACAGAUGAACCAGCACAACACGGAGGCCGGCCGGCUGGCGGUGUACAAUCUGGCGCACGUGGCCUGCAGGUGCCAUGGUCUACACGGCACCUGCACGCUCAAGACCUGCUGGCAGCAGCUCGCAGACUUCCGCCAAGUCGGCGACCUGCUGAAGGAAAAGUACGAGAGAAGUUCCGCCAUGCGGCUGGUCAGCCACGACAGCAGCAGCGAUGGUCCCGGUGGCGGCGGUCGCGGUGAAGCCGGCGGCAGCGGCGGCGACGCCCGCCGGUCCCGCCGGCGGCUGGAGCCGGUGAACGAGUGGCUGGUGGCGCCGACGCCGAGCGACCUGGUGCACGUGAGCGCCAGCCCCGACUACUGCGAGGGGGGCGGCACGGCGGGGGGGGGUCCGUGCAACGUCACCUCGCGGGGGGGGCGGGGGGGGGGCUGCUCCCUCACGUGCUGCGACAGAGGAUACGACACCUCGCAAGUCACGGUGGAGACGCAGUGCGGCUGCAAGGAGCAGCUCCAGCGGAACGUCCAGUGCAAGCUGUGCCCGUGGACGGUCGACCAGUUCUACUGCAAGUAGCCUGCAGCAAGUAGCCUGCAGCAAGUAGCCUGCAGCAAGUAGCCUGCAGCAAGUAGCCUGCAGCAAGUAGCCUGUGGCCUCGGCUGGAAUCGGACUCCGUCUGGUUUCGGCCGGUACCCGUGGGCCCCACCGGCACCACGGCACCCACCGCACGUCGUCACCGCGAGCCGCUCUGCACCGUGCCGAUGUACACCGGAGUACCGCACACUUUACACUACAGCACCCUUGUGUGUACACUGCAGUGUACACACUUUACACUACAGCACCCUUGUGUGUACACUGCAGUGUACACAC